AGCUCCCGAUGGAAAUCUGGGGGAGUCCUGGGAGGAUUUUGGGGGUCCCCGGCUGAUGGAGGAACUGGCCGACGCCCUCCUGUACUGCCACGGGCGGAAGGUGAUUCACCGCGACAUCAAACCCGAGAACCUCCUGCUGGGCCUCAAGGGCGAGCUGAAAAUCGCCGAUUUCGGGUGGUCCGUGCACGCCCCCUCCCUCAGGCGCCGCACCCUGUGCGGGACCCUGGAUUACCUGCCCCCCGAGAUGGUGGAGGGCGGCGGGCACGACGAGAAGGUGGAUCUGUGGUGCCUGGGGGUGCUGUGCUACGAGCUGCUGGCCGGGCACCCCCCCUUCGAGAGCCCCUCUGCUGCCGACACCUACCGCAGGAUCACCCAGGUGAGCUCACCUGGCACAGCUGGGCACACCUGGGCACUGAAAUCCCCAAAAAAGGGCAAAAAAAGACCGAAAACUGCCCCAAAAUCACACACCUGGGCACAGCUGGGCACACCUGAGUCCCAAAACCCACAUAAAACCGAGCCGAGCUGAGCCAAAACUGCCCCAAAAAUCACACA